GCCUGCUGAAAGUCAAGCCUUCUAAGCAACUAUUCAUCCUCAUCUCUCUGCUGACUCUGGCCCCGUUCAACUCCGCCGUUCUGAACUGCUCCCAGCCGACUCCAACUUCACUGCUGAGCUCCCUAAAGCCAGUGUUUGAGCUGAACGCCAUUCGACCUGUAAUAAAUAUGUCGGUCCCAACCCAAGUUAGAAUUUCCUUCACUCUCUUUGGCAUUUUGGGAGUAGAUGAGAAGUCCCAGGUACUGACAACUUUCAUUUGGGAAUCUUUAGAGUGGAAAAACGAAUUUACUAUUUGGGACCCAGUGGAAUGUGGCGUUGAAUGGAUUGCAGUUGCACGAAACCUUCUCUGGGUGCCAGAUAUCGUCAUCAACGAGUUCAUGGAGAAGAACUUAGCACCAAGCGUCCCGUACACCUACCUUCAUUUCAGUGGUGUUGUUUAUGAUAGCUUGCCUGUCAGAGUUGUGAGCUCCUGCAGUCUCAACAUCUACCUGUUUCCAUUUGAUAUUCAAACUUGCACUUUCACUUUCAAUUCCUACGUACACCUCAGUAAGUACAAACUAUGUUGACUAUAAAGCAGAGAAUAGAUGAGUUUUAUCCUCAUUAUCAUUAUUUAAAGGCAUCUGCUAAGCUAAGUUCAUUAUAUGAGCUACUUCUCA